UGAAUGAGUACCGGGACGAGCGAGGUCGCAACGCAUUCCGUCGUAGUCACCCCGACGGGUAGCGGAUGUCCGAGUGGCUCCGUAUUCGCGCGCUAAACUCACGAGGAACUCGGUGAGAUUGAUACGAAGAGGUAACAACGAAUUUCCUCUAACGAGAAACCGAACGGACGACUGAACGAACAGACGGUCGAGCCCACGAAUUCGCCAGUGGGAGCACACCAGCUGUAUCUAUAAUAACGAAUCGUUUCACGGAAGUGGAAACGUUGAACGAACACGAGAAAGAUAUCGAACGAGAAUAUACUUGAAGGAAUAAAAAUAGAAAAAUAAUGUUUACGAUUACAGUCUUUGUCUUCACAUUGAACACACUAUGGAUGGUGUGUCAAGCAGUGCCACUGCUUGAUAUGAGGAACAGUUUGGAGCAAAAUGUAUUGGAUGCUAUGGUCUCCUCUGCAUGCUCUUCAAAUGGAGAUUGUUGGAAAUGGUUACCGAUGCAAGAAGUUCAAAAAGAUGUUCCUUUGGCUCCAGAGGACCUCCCCAUAUCAAAAAUAGAUAUUCGUCGAGAAACUUCAAGCUUAGAUCCCAAUACGAUUAUAGAAACAUGGGGUGAUAGUUCCCCACCACUGAACAGAAAAGUUCACCAAUUGUCACUGGCUAACAAGCAUAUCGGAAGUAGAUUGUCGAAGAAAGAUAUGUCACGUAGUUGGGGUGCUGGCGGCAUGCCCUUUUCUAUUCUUUAUAUGAAUCCAUAUAGUCCUCGUGGAAAUUAUGCCAGUACUUCGCAACAACAAGAUCUGGGAAAAACUGAAAGUACAACGCCACCUAUAAUACAUCCUAAUACUCGCAUUGCUGUGCGUAAUGGAAGUUCCACGCAACCAAGAAGACAAUACUCGAUAAUACCGCAGCUUUUUAUAUCAUAUGGCUGGGGUCCGUUUGGCAAAUGAAACGAAUCUCCUACUUAAGUGUGUAAAUGGAAUACUGAUCUCAUAAUUUUGGUAUACGAAAUCAACUGUAAAGAUAUUUAGUUAUAUUUAAUUUCAACUAAGCGUCAUGUUUUGGAUAAAUUACAAUCUAAAUGUCCCUUUUUUAAAAAAACAUCCGCAAAUAACCAUAACUCCAAUUAUUCAUUAAUUAUUUGUACAUACUUUUUAAAUAUUUAUUCAAACGUUUUAUUUUAAUCCACCAAAAAAUUUUUUAAUUUUGUUAGCUGUGAAUAAUUAUUAUAUGAGAAAUCACGCGUUACUUAUUCCUUUAAAUUUUCAUUAAAAUUUCACUAAAUAAUUCAGUAAAUAUUAAAGAUUCUACCUCAUUAUGUAUAAAAUUAUCAUUUAUUCUUUUCUCUUAUAUGAUUCAAAACCAUAAUAAAAUGAAUUUUUAGUUCCUAAGAAAAUUAAAACUUACUUCUUAUGUAUAGCUUUGGUUAUAUUAAAAUUAAUUAUUUUUUUCAUAUUUGGGAAUAUAAUCUAUCUUAAAUUAUUAUAUAAUAAGAGGUUAUUUAACUCACCGUUCAUUUCUUUCAUUGCUUUGAUGAAAUCUUGUGGAUCUUUGAAGGACACAAACCCAAAUCCUUUUGUCUUAUUUGUUCUUUUAUCCCUGACUACCUUUGCUUUCUGAAAACUUGGAUAUUUGCCAAAGACUCUUACUAGCAUUUCAUCUGUAACAUCGUUUCCUAAAUCUCCACAAAAUAUCCUGAAAUCAUCUGCAAUAUGAAGAAAAAUGUAAAAUAUAUUUAAAACAAAUUAAAGCUUAUGAAGAAUAUAAA